GAAUUAAUUUUGACGCCAUGCUCAGUCACCAACAGAGACCGUCACUACGGAAUGUACAAAGAAACACAACAUGUCUGGUUUACCCGACACGGAAGAUACCAGUCACAGCAGCUCCUAGGACCCUCCAGCUAGAGCCGAUGAUUGUCGUUGGCGAGGCUCAGCUCUAAACCCAACCACAGCCCGUGAGACCCCUCCUUUGCGGGUACUGUCGUCUCAGACCCUUCUGCGCGACUUGUUCGUCCUCUACUCGGCAUUGGAAAGUGGCUUUGCUUUUUUUUUCCACUGAAGGGAUGGAGAUUCUGGAUUCUGGAUCUUGGGAUCUUCACCGUCCACAUUCCACAAACCUCCACCACCGACCCGUCCAGAUCACGUUCUGAGACCUUUUCCUGUGAAUCCUGUCAGCACCUUGUCUAUCGCUUGCCCAUCUCUGGUCCAUUCACUGGCUCAUCAUGCCGCCUAUGGGCGCCUGGGACAUGCAACCGCUAGGGUUGUUACCGGACCACCCACCCGCUUUUGGACCAACCACAGCCAGGCCACCGUGAGAAACGAGUGAGAGGGCGUGAUCACCGUUGCUAGCCCCUCCAGUAUCUUCUGGCCUUCUCGUCGGCUCCAUGGUUCGGCGGCUGGGUGGCACAUGCCGCAUCACCCGUCGUGUUUUGAUUGUGUCCGAGGGUGUGGUCCGUCUGGGAAUACCUGCUUGCCUACCAGACUGAGGAAAAACCCGUACACACUGUGUCGUUAACGUGUCUGGCCGGGGCCGAGCUGACCCAGCCCAACCAUGCCUCAUGGGUCCAUUGAGACCUUCCCUCCUGAUGCUCUCCCAUGCCAUGCUACCUUCCAUGCCCCCCUGCGCUAGACCACAGAGCAAGUGGUGCGUCACUCCCCGCCCUCAAGUAGUGUAAAACCGGGCUUUUAUAUUCCUUCUGGGCCCCUCCGUGUGCCGCUUUUCUCUCUCGAGCCUGAUCUCUUUUGCGACAAACCACCCACAGUGAGCCUUUCCUCCUCCAGUCCUGUCUCACUGUCACCUCAAUCAGUGUCAGUUUGGCUCCGGUCGGUUCACCCGAAACCCCAUUCACCCAUUUCCCAAUCAAGUGUCGACAAGAUGAGCCGCGCUGCUAGUCGUCACCAUUACGACUAUAGCGACGAGGAGUCGUUGGCGUCCACGGGCAUCGACAUCCGUGUCCAUCGGGCGCCGCCUCCUGGCAUGGUCCGUCCUCCUCCCAGGUCGCCUUCGCCCGAUCGCACCCACCGUGGCCCUACCUACAUCCAGUCCGUCUCCCGGUCCGACUUUGGCGGCCCAUCCCGGGUACCUUACUGGGAGCAACGCGCUCCUUCUGUUGUCAAUGAGCGCACUCUCGUGGCUACCCACGCCCACCAGAGCCGCUCACGGUCGCGUGCAGGGUCGCGCGAGCGCCCCUCUCCUCCCGCCGGCAUGGUCGUCCCAGCACCUCCCUCUCCUGCGACCAAGGGACCGGUUGUGGUUCAGAACAUCAUUGGCCGCGGCCAUCACAGCUCCUCUGAUUAUUCGUCUGACUCGGAACCUGAUUACCAUGUUCAUGCUGGCAUCAGCAAGCGGGGCCGCAAGUCUCACAGCCGUGGUGCACACAGCCGCGCCCGUAGCCGGUCGUCGAGCGGCGAAAGCAACUUUGACGACGCCCAUACCAAAUGGGAGCUGGAGAGAAUGAAGGCCGAGCUCGCGGCCAUGAGGUCCGCCAACGAACAGAAGAAGCAGAGUCUCACUCAAGAAAAGUACCACGAGGAGGAGAUCGAGCUGGUCAAGGCCCGGGAAAAGUUGGCCAUGAUCAGACUCGAGGAGGAGCGGAACAGGUCCGCUUACGACCAGGAAAAGUCACUCCGUCUGCGUGAUGCCGAGGCCAAGCUUGAGCGCCUCGAGCGUGCUGCCGAGGAGAAGCGAUUCCAGGCUGAGCACGACAAGGAUGUGGACUACCACCAGACCAAGCUCCAGCUCGAGCUGAUCCGGCACAAGGAGGACGAGGAACGCCAGAUGGGCCACAUGAAGGAACAGCAAUCGCUCCAUGAAGCCAAGUUCCAGCUGGACCUCAUCAGGCGUAAGGAGGAGGAGCGCCGCCUCCAAGAGCAGCACGAAGAGCACGAUCAGCUCUACCAAGCCAAGGUGCAGCUCGACCUCAUGAGGCGCAAGGAGGAAGAGUCUCGGGAGCGCGACAAGUACAAGGAGCAUGACGAGCUGGCCGUCUCCAAGUUCCAGCUGGACCUCGUCAAGCGCAAAGAGGAAGAGGCCCGCCACCUGGAGGAGGAGCGGAAGAAGGAAGCCGCAUUCGAAAAGCAGCAGCAACUCGCGCAGGCCAAGUACGAGCUUGACAUGAUCAAGCGGCGCGAGGAGGAGCGCCGCCGCGAAGAAGAAGAACACCGCCGUGAGAUGGAGUACGAGAAGCAGCACCAGCUGCACGAAGCCAAGUUCCACCUGGACAUGAUCCGGCGGCAGGAGGAGGAGCGGCGCCGUGCAGCGGCUCGCGAGGAGGAAGAAAAACUCAUUCGCGCCAAGGAGAGGCUCGAGCGGCUGGAGCGCGAGGAGGAAGAGGAGCGCAAGCAGAAGAAGCUCGAGGAAGAGCUAGAGCUGCGCAAGGCCAAGGAGGAGCUCGAUCGCAUGCGCAGGGAGAAGGAAAAGAAGGAGGAGGAGGAGCGCCUGCGUCGCGAGUACGAGCUCAAGCGGCUGGAGGAAGAGAGGAAGGCGGAAGAAGAACGGAAGCGCAAGCAGGAAGAGGAGGAGGCGGCCGUGGCCCGCUGGAAGGCCAAGGAGGCCGAGCGGCUGGCCAAGGAGCAGGAGGAGAAGGAGAGAAUGGAGAGGGAGUACCAGCGCCGCCUGCAGGAGGAUCUGAUCAACUCCGGUCUGGACGAGAAGGCUAUCGCGGCCAUCCUCAAGAAGGAGAAGAUCAAGAAGGAGAAGAAGGGUAGCGAUAGUGACAGCGACAGCGAGAAGGAGGCUAAGAAGCAAGGACAGAUUGCUCGUCCUACCUACACUCGCAUGUCUCUGCGCCAUCUCGACGUCGAAACCCUCUACCACUUUAAGAUUGAUUUCGAAUAUGAUGCUGAACCAGGCUACGUCCUAAUCAAGCGCUGGGUGCCGGAAUGGGAGCAGCAACAACUCUGGGACCACACGCGCCAGAUCCGCACCGUCGUGACCAAGGAGGUAUCCGAAACGCUGGUCAUCAAAGACAAGAGAGACAAGCACCGCGAACGCUCGCACUCACGCCAUCACAGCCACAGCCAUUCGAGGAGCAGCCACCAUAGACACAGCAGCAGUAGUCAUCUUGACGACGACCAGUUUGAGUUUGUGCGCAAGAAGAGCAGCACCAGACAUCGCAGCAAGAGCCCUAGUUUGUUGAUGUAUUUGGCUGGUGGACGGCCUUCAUGAGGGGAGUGAUGAGGAGGAUAAGGGGGAUAAUGAGGGAUGAUGACGUGUUAUGACUUUUUGUGGUUGGGAUGAGAGAUGGAUGUGUUUUCUUUUUGCUCUUGGAUAUCACGAAAUGAAUGCAUCGCUUACCUUUUUCUGAUUUUCUUGGUUGAUGGUACAGGUUGGGUAGUAACAAAGAUAUCCAUCAUCAAAUCACUUAUUGUUGGGUUUCAGUUUCUUCUCAAUACCCUCCUACUCCAAGAAAGAUUGAAUGAGCACCAGAAACACACAGAGAAAACCCAAGGGAAUGACUUUACGUUUUCCGACGAUGGAAGGUAUAAAGAUAUUAUGAUAACAAAGAAACCCAUGACUUCAUUCACUACUUCAACUUCAGCUGUGGGUUUCGAUUUGAC